AUGAAUCACCGCACCACGCUGUUCGUGUACGGCAACGAAAAAGCAGUUUUUGACGCACUGGGGGGCAAAGACAAAAUCGUUGUUCCAGCGUCGAAAGCGUCGCCGCUCGCCAGGGAAGACCGCAUCGAGAUAGACGUCUCCAUGCUGAAACCAGAGUACCGCGACAUUCUGGGCAAGUUGCAGCUGCUCAAUGUCCAGCUGGGCAGAAAACGCAACGAAAAGCCGCAGUUCACGAUAUUUAGCGACCACGAGAGCCAACCGGCAGGGGUGCGUAUCGACGUUGCUCCGCAAACUGCCCGUAACAUGGCCCAGUACGAGAAGAUGUCGCAAUUGGCUGUUGAGAUGGUUCUACAGCUGAUCCGUGUGGACCAGAACGCUACGCCAUAUUUCUUUGAGGAGUGGUACCGGGCGUAUCUGUUUGAAGAGCCAGAUCUGGAGGUAUCUGCCUUGAGAAUAUGGAAUACACUAGUUGGGGGAGCUUUUCCAUUUACUUCGGCGGAACUGCAACAGGCAACAUCUGUGGAGCUUAUUCUUGACGGAGACAAGCUUCGAUUUCUAUUUUACUGGCCCUUGGUUGACCACCGACUGGAGUUUGCCAGAGACAAGCGGGAGAUCGGCGUGUUCUACCUCGACUCUCUGCCGGGCGACUACGACCUGAGCAUCAGCGGAGCGCGUGUUCGCGGCAACUCCAAGUUUGUGCCGACAUCGCUGUAUGUGAACUCGUUCCACACCCAGCUACCUGGCGUUUCUGCUGAACACACCUUUGUAGAGCCGACAGGGCUGCAUCCAAAGUACAAGGUGAGUGUUUCAGGCAAGAAUGAGGCUCCAAAAUCGACGUGUCGACUGAUUUUCGAUCUGGACAUUCCGUCCACGUAUAUCGUCGACAGGUACCAAUUGGCGUGGUUUGAUGACAUUUUCAGGAACGUGUCGGUUUUCGGCCGCAGCGACCUGGAAUUGCCAAGCUACAAAGUUUCGGAAGGGUGUUCGCUGCGUGUGGAGUUAGGUCCCGACGUGCGGGAGUUUGAGAUCCCGCUACAUCUGAGAUACGGCGAGCCAUUGCGCGGUGUGAAACCGACCGGGUUAGGUACGGGAGAUCUCUAUUGGGAUUGUGAGACCGAUCCCGAGACAGACUCCUUAAUCCGAGGCAGCUUCAUGCACGAAAAUCGAAUAUUGGAACGCACACACUGGCAGAUGUUCCACAUUGGCAGCCAGGGCCCAAAUUACCUGGAGGCUUUGCUGCCCGUUGGCGACGUGCGGGAGAGCCGUAUAGUGGAGACCGGCACGCUGGCGUUAGUGUCGGUUUUCGCCGUAUGGCUUGCCAAAUUGUUUUGGCAGAUUUGA